AUGUCAAAAUCAAGUUAUUAUACCAACGAUCAAGAAACAGCAAUAACAACGCGUAUUGUUGAAAAUUUUAUUAUCGUUUGGUUAGAUCUACAGCAGAAUGAAUUGGAUGAAAAUCUAAUAAAUCAAUUUCGACAGACGAUCAAUUCAAUUUAUUUUUUUUCGGAUACGGAGCAAUGCAUUGAAUAUAUUUCACGAAUUCAAGAUGAACAAAUAUUUAUGGUUAUUGCUAAUUCAUUCGAUCGACAAUAUAUGCCCGCAUUCGAACAAAUGUCACAACUGAAUUCAAUUUAUUUUUUGAGUAUUAAAAAAAUUGAUUAUAAAGAAUAUAAAAAGGUCAAAGGUAAUUUUAAUAGAAUUGAAAAUAUUUUCAAAGAACUUAAACUCGACCUUUAUCUAUGUCAACGUAAUUUAACUCCCAUUAGUAUGGUUAAUUCAAAUUCAAUAAACAAUUUUAAUGAACUCGAUGAAUCAUUUCUAUGUUCACAAUUAAUUAAAGAGAUUUCAGUGAGUAUGAAACGGGAUGAAAAUGCUAAAAAACAAUAUCUAGAAUUUUGUCGUGUACAAUAUGCUGGCAAUGAACAACAGUUAAAAAUUAUUGAUCAAUUCGAAAGGGAAUACACAUCUCUAUCGCCGAUCUGGUGGUAUACAAGAGAUUGUUUUACCUAUUCGAUGCUUAAUAAAGCUUUAAGAAAACAAGAUACUGAAUUGAUUAUUAGAAUGGGAUUUUUCAUACGAGAUUUAAACGAACAAAUCGAACAGAUCUAUGCAAAAAUGGGAAAACCCUCUUCAUUAACUGUUUAUCGUGGUCAAGGUAUGGCACCUGUCGAAUUCGAAAAAUUACUAAAUAAUAAAAGUGGACUUCUAUCAUUCAAUAAUUUUUUCUCGGCAAGUACAGAUCGUCAAGUAUCAUUGAGUUUAGCUAAACAAUCAUCGAAUAAUUUGUAUCCAACGUCUGUUCUAUUUCAAAUGAAUAUCAAUCCAUUGAUUGCAACAAGUCCGUUUGCUUAUUUAGAUAAAAUAAGUUAUUAUUCGAAUAAUAAAAAAGGUAUUAUUUUUCCAAUGCAUACAAUUUUUCGUAUUGACGAAAUCAAACAGAUUGAAAAGUAUUUAUGGCAAAUUAAUUUAACAUUAACAAGUAGUAAUGAUGAACAACUUGUACGACUGACUGAAUAUACACGUGUAGGCGCCGACGGAGAAACUGGUAUGCAUCGAAUGGCUAAGUUAAUGCUUGUUAUGAGUAAAAUGGAUAAAGCAAAAGAAAUCUAUUCAGCACUACUCGACACAACAUCGAGUGAUGAUAAAAAUGAACUCGCUCAUCUGCAUCAUCAAAUUGCAUAUGUUUAUGAACAGAAAAAUGAUUUAGCCAAUGCACUUUCUCAUUAUGACCAAGCACUCAAUAUCUAUUUGACUUAUUUACCAUUUAAUGAUCCAAAACUUUGUCCAACAUAUUCAAAUAUUGGAUUAAUACUUAAAAAGCAAGGCAAUCUAAAUCAUUCUUUAGAAUUUCUUGAACAUGCUCUUGAUAUUGAUCUAAUUGCAUCGAAGCCUGAUCCAAUUGAAAUCGCUAUUCUAUACAUAAAUAUUGGUGGCGUUUAUGAUGCCGAAGGAAAAUCUGCAGAAGCUUUAGAACACUAUGAAAAUGCACUUGAAAUCAUCCGUAAACAUCUUCCACCUUAUCACCCAUUGAUAGGAGCGACUCAUAAUAAUAUUGCAUUAGUACAUUUUUCAUUGAAAGAUUAUUCAACUGCUUUAAAACAUUUUCAAGAAACGCUUGAAAUUGAACAAAAAAAACUUGCCUAUGAUCAUCCAUCACUGAUUAUGACUCAUAUGAAUAUAGCUGGUGUACUGGAAGGUCUUCAACGAUAUAAAGAAGCUGCUGAACAUGCAGAAAAAGCUGCUAGUAUUUUACGUGAUAAAUUCAGUGAUGAUAAUCCUCAAGUUACAAUACUACGUGAAUAUUUAGAUCAUUUAAGACAGAAACAAUAA